UGGACUUAGCAGGUACCCUGACCUUGUAGUAGUGCAGCUGAAGAUGUCAAACGGCUACGUUUCAGAGGCAGGGGGAGUCACAUUCAAUUCUGUGUCUGAGUCAUAUCAAAGCAUUUGUGGAACUUUGUUCGCGUACGACGAUCAGGAAAUCCGGAUUUGGUCCGCUUCGGGAUAUUCCGGUAAUUACGUAUUUUGUGCUCGUGAUGGUUGGGGAACAGAAGAGGUACAGAGCUAUGACGCAACCCUCUAUAUACAAGCCUGGGUUCUAUGUAGCAACCAGUUCACAAGGACCUUUGUCAUGGAUAAAAAUAACGCAGAUGUUGCGUCACCAACCGUGGACCGAGUCCCUCUGAAGGCGGUUUACAGCCUCGAUUCCAUGCUGGUUUCUGUAGAAAUGAAAGCUUUGAGUGGUAACAAUGCCGGCUUCACAUUUUAUGCUGGAGGGAGUGCUAUGAUUGACCAAACAUCGGAUUCAUAUGGCGCCAUUAUUUACGCCUACACGGAAACGGAAGUGUUGCUAUGGAGGCCGUCAAUAGCAAAUCCAAUUGGCUACUUGAUUUAUGUGGGCGGUAUAUGGGGAGCUGGAACCAACAACCAGCAAGAUACAGUAGUAGAAGUUACGGUCAAGGUCAUUGAUUUCAACGGGUCACCUUGUUCGGAAACAUAUGACUGUAUACCAAGUUGGUCCUCUAUGGCAAGCACUUGUGCUUCGACGGAUUGUCCAAUUCCUGUUGAUAUUCCAAAUGCUAACAAGCUCUAUGACGGAGUAACCAAUGGGAGCCGAACUUUGUACUCAUGCGCAACCGGGUACACAGGAAGUUCGAACGAAUCCAUGACUCGCUGUGUAAACGGGGCUUGGACAACGACAGCAAUGACAUGUACAGUUAGUUUUAUUAGUGCAAACAGUAUUCUACUCAACCAAACCAUUGAGGAAUGGAUCGAGGACAUCAAGAAGGAACUGACUGUGGACAAGAAGGCGACCAGUGCCUACACACGGAGCCUUAUCAGCGUGUAUGAUGCACGGCCGAGCGCCGUUGCCAUUGGGGGAGUGGGUAUCGGCAUGCUCUGCCUAGUAGGUCUGAUUCUGCUACUGCCAGACAUCAUCAACAUCUUUAGAUACUGUUGUGAAUCUAGUGAAAAGGAUUGAUUACAUGGUAUUUUUGGUUUAUACGAGUAUUCAAGAGUGUGCCAUUUUUUUUCUUUGAAAAAUAUAGUUCGGUUUGAAUUUGACGUGUUCUGUUAAACAUUUUACUGACUGAGUUACAAUCCAUAUCUUUAACCACAACGACGUAUACGUGCAACUUUUUUAUAUCUGCGUUCAAUGUACCCGGUCUCGGAUAUUUCUUUCGUAUGAUUUAUAAUACAUUUUAGUUUGAUUUGGAUUGUGUAUGUGCUGAAAAAUAUUUGGAGUGAACAUCGUUCUAUUGCCAUAUAUCAUAGCUUUAACAUUGACAUUUAUGUUUCUCUGAUUUAAAAGUAGCAUUUUACUAAGAACUAAGAAUCAAUUUGCAAUGGAUAAUCCAAACAUCAAAUCAAAGACUGUUUAUAUUAAUGUUACAGGUAUUGAAAAUUAGAUAUAAACCAGUUUUAUUAAUAAAGGAAAUGUGUACAUUACGUCAGCAACUUUUAUAAUAACGGGCCUUUAAACGUAUGUACACUAAUAAACAUACCAAAUUGCAGAUUCCAACGUACACGUAACGCCAAACAUGUUUCUUAUAUUCACUUGCUGGCUAUGUAAAAGACACACACAAAUAUGUUUACCUUCCUUAGGACUUAAUAUUUAAUGCAUAUUUAAUACUAUAUAAUAAAGAAACAUAAACUGGCACCAAAAAUUGUGUUGUCAUUGGAAUCAGCUCUUUCAAACACGGCGAACAGUGUCCAUUUAAAUAAAUGACAAUAUUGAAUGGACCGAGUUAUCAGAAAAAAUGUGACACAAAU